GACGCGUAAACACCCGAGAGAGAGACCGAGGUUACUUCGCCGGGUGAGAAUGCCCCGACGUUUAGUAAAGCUCGGGCAUCCGUCGCGAAUAGACCGUCGGAUCGUUCUCCUGUCCCGAGGCCUGCUGGUAGUCCGUUGAAAGGAAACCACUGUUGGAAAAACCCUCAAGCGCCAACAGAGACCAUGAGACGAAGGGCGCUCUCGUCACCUUCGGCGCCGUCCCUCUCGGUCCUCCUCCUCGUCGCGUGUCUCCUGCCGGCGGGGAUCGGCGCUUCCUCUCGCGUAGAACUCGUCAACAACGGCUACGAGAACCUGGUGAUCGGCAUCUCUCCGAGUCUGCCCGAGAGUGAGGGAGCCGCUCUCAUACCCGCCAUCAAGGAAAUGAUCAAGAACGCCUCUGAGGUUCUCUUUACCGCCACCCGCCGCAGGGCCUUCUUCAGGGACGUGCGCAUCGUGAUUCCGAAGUCGUGGUCGAACACGGAUACGGACGAGGUCGCUGUUUUCGAGUCUUUUCAGGAGAGCGACCUCCGUAUUGACAACUCGAGCUCCGUUUACGGGGAACAACCAUACACGAGGCAACCAGGAGAGUGUGGAGAUCCGGGCGAUUUCAUUCAUAUGACACCGGCUUACCUGAAGGAGGAAGUUUUUUCUUAUUUUUACGGACCGCCAGCCAAGGUGCUCGUGAUGGAGUGGGCCAGACUGCGUUGGGGAGUUUACGACGAAAUCGGGUACAGCGGCGACCCCAAGUACCCGAUCUUCUUCUCGCUGCCGAGAGAGGACGCCAGCGGCCGCACCGACGUUGAAUAUCGAGUGAACGUUUGCACGGACACCAUCCUCAAGGGGAAGGAAAGGAUGUUCAACGAAUCCAAGCUUUGCACGUUCACCCACGAGGGACUUCCGGACGAUAACUGUGUCUUCUUCCCCGACGCCAACCAGACCGCCAAGUCCUCGCUCAUGUCGUUCCCGAUGGUCUUCAGCGAUACGCUAGUUGAUUUUUGCGACGACCACACGCACAGCAGCCUCGCCAAGACCAGACACAACGACAGGUGCAACGGGCAAUCGGUCUGGCAAGUGAUGUUGCAACACUCCGACUUCAAGGGAAAUGCUAACCCGGCGAUCUCUAACCCGGAGGAACCCAAGAUCAAAGUGGUCAGAGAAACAAUUGCGGAUUAUGUCCUGGUACUUGAUUAUUCAGGCAGUAUGUCGAUCGCUGGCCGAAUGGUUAGACUCCAGUUAGCGGCCCAGCGGUGGUUGCUUCAUGAAGUUCAGUUACACAGCUCCGUCGCCAUUGUGAGGUUUGAUAGCACCGCCUCCCUCCUCGCCCCGCUGACGAAAAUCGACGGAGACGCAGUGAGGAAAUCCCUGGCCAGUCAAAUCCACGCAACUAACAAUGGCGGAACGAGCAUCGGCGCCGGACUGAAGAUGGCAGUUGAGCUGUUGGAAGGUCGAGCGAACAAGAACGUGUUUCUCAUCACAGACGGAGAGGAAAACAAAGCCCCGAUGAUAGCUGAUGUGAAAAACGACAUUAUAAGCAAGAAACUAUGUGUUACCACCCUAGCUAUGGGGAGCAACGCCGCCAAGGACCUGGAGAAACUGGGGGACCUCAACAAGUGCCCUUCCUUCACCGACAACGACAACGACACGUCCAACGCCCUCGAGAAUGCUUUCGAGGGCGUCUCCACCCGCCAGCAGUCAGUCAGUCUGGAUGAAUUCUUCAUCAAGAUCGAGGAGACGCCGACGAUCCAGACAGCGGCUCCGGCCUACGAAGGCUUGUUCCUCGUCGACAGCACCGUCGGCAAGAACCUAACUUUCCGCUUGAAGGCAGACGUAAAGAGCCACGUGUUAAGCGGACCCACCCUGGUCAGACCCAACGGCACGAGUCUGCAGGGCGCCGCGGAUUAUGACGCCAUCGGGAACGUCUGGACGAUCGUCGUGCCUGAGGCGGAGGAAGGGUAUUGGCAGUGGAAAGUCACACUCAGUCAAGAUUCGUCCAGAUACAUACAAGCAACAGUUCAUGCUCUGUCGCGGGAUCCGGACGACGCGCCGAUCGUCAGCACAGUCAAGUUCCUUGCCCCCGCGACCGGCGUUAGUCCCAAGGACCAGAACAUCAAAAUAAUAGCCACAGUGAUGAAGGGAAACAACCCAAUCCGGGGAGCUCAUGUGGUCGCCUACGUCACGCCCCCAGACCCGACGGCGAGCGCGCAGGAAUAUGACCUCCUAGACAACGGCGUAGGAGCUGACGCGGUUGCGGGCGAUGGCAUCUACUCCCGCUACAUGACGACUUUCGCCGGCGAGGGCCGCUACAGCAUCAAGGCCCUGGUGAAGGGAGGGUCCGGCGCCAGUGUGAACAACGGGCCUCCACCGCCGCCCACAUUCUCCUCUGCUGGGCGUCGGCGUCGUCGCUCCCCUGAUUUAAGCAUUAAGCCCAAGCCUUGCUGUGGCAGCGAAGUCCCCUACGACCCAGACACAGCCACUCCAACGGGCAACUUCACUCGGGUCUCUUCAGGAGGUUCACUCAAGGUGUCCGACCCCCCUGCCCCCGGCGAAGACAUUCUGCCUCCUUGCAAGGUGACUGAUCUUCAGGUGGCGGAGUUGUAUGGCCAGGACGAAGGUGGCUACAUCCUCACCCUCGUCUGGACCUCACCUGGAGACGACCAUGAUGAGGGCUCAGCGUCAGAUUACACCUUCAGGCUGAGUGAGGUCCGCCCCGACCUCACCAACAAUGGCUUCGACAAGGCCCCAGCGAGCACCCUCCUGCACUUCGAGAGGGCGGCCCUUAACGGGAGCGGCGUCCUGGCUCCCUUCGGCUCCUCCGUCGCCUUAUACGUCACCUACAGGGGGGAUCUCACCUUCGGCACCGAGUACCUGUUGGCGCUGAAGGCGAAAGACGAGGCGGGGAAUGAAAGCCAUGUAUCGAACGUCGCCUCUUUCUUCCUGGACCAAAAGCUCGUUCUUCCGACAUGGGCCGAUGAACUGAUAAAACAACUGAAGAAAUCAAACGCUGAGUUCUUCUCGCAGAAGCGAGUGACCAAAGAUAAAAGCUGAACAAUGCAAGGGUUCUUGUCUCGCUGGGACAAGAUAAAUAGAUGUAUAAAAUGGUUAUAAUAAAACAAAAACGUUGA